AAGCUGUCUCAAAUGAUGAACCUCACACGUCCUUCUCAUUCCAGUAUUCUCUUUCUCUUUUUCAUCUUAGCCAUAAAUUCAACGUCUGCAUUAACAAAGUACAAUGUGUUAAACUUUGGGGCUAAGCCUAAUGGAAAAACUGACUCCACCAAGGCUUUCCUCAUGGCAUGGAAAGCAGCCUGUGCCUCAGCUGACUCCACCAUCAUAUAUGUACCAAAAGGCCGGUAUUUGCUCGGUUCUAUGGCCUUCCAAGGUGGCUGCAAAAGCCCUCAAAUCAUUUUCAGAAUUGACGGCACCCUGGUCGCCCCUCAAGAUUAUCGAGUACUAGGCAAAUCUACCGAUUGGCUGAGCUUUGAAGGAGUGAAUGGCGUUUCAAUCCUUGGUGGUGCACUUGAUGCCAAAGGACCAUCUCUCUGGGCUUGCAAAGCUUCCCACUCCAACUGUCCUUCCGGAGCUACGACGUUAAGCUUUACCAAUUCAAAGAACAUCAGGAUCCGUAGUUUAUUGUCUUUAAAUAGCCAAAUGUUUCACGUCGUGAUCAAUAGAUGUGAAAAUGUGGAUGUCCAAGGGGUUAGGAUCAUCGCCGCAGGUAAUAGCCCCAAUACCGGUGGCAUCCAUGUCCAAUUAUCCAAGAAUGUGAAUAUCAUAAAAUGCUCAAUCAAAACUGGAGACGAUUGCAUCUCGAUUGGUCCCGGUACCAAGAAUUUAUGGAUCGAACAAGUCACUUGUGGUCCUGGCCAUGGCAUUAGCAUUGGAAGUUUAGCAAAAGAUUUAAAAGAGGAGGGGGUUCAAAAUGUCACUGUAAGAAAUACAAUCUUUUUGGGCACUCAAAAUGGGCUAAGGAUCAAGUCAUGGGCUAGGCCUAGUACUGGAUUUGUUCAAGGAGUUCGGUUUACAGAUUCUUUGAUGAGAAAUGUGCAAAAUCCUAUUGUAAUUGAUCAGAACUAUUGCCCACACAAUCUAAAUUGUCCCAAUCAGGUAUCCGGAAUUAAAAUUAAAGAUAUUAUAUACGAAGGUAUUCGAGGAACGUCAUCCACACAGGUAGCUAUAAAAUUUGAUUGUAGCCCGAAGAAUCCAUGCACCGGGAUAAAAUUGCAUAAUGUCAAUUUGUCAUAUUUGAAUAAACCUGCUCAAUCAUCUUGUUCCAAUGUUCGUGGGAAAGUAUUGAAUUUAGUUCGACCAGAAAGUUGCUUAUAAAUCUUGGAGAUCAAUUGACGGAAGACGGAAUUUUUCCUCUUUUUUAUACAUGUAUUUAUAGGGUGAAAAUUAUUUAUUCCUUCUGUAUAUUAAUAAAUAAAGGUAAAAAUUGUUUGAUUUAUUC